AUGGUACCAGAUCAGUGGCAUUACACGCGUUUAGUCGUAACUCAAAUAAACGCUACGAUGUCGGGAGGAUUAGAUAUUUUGACUCUUAACGAGGAAGAUGUUACCAAAAUGCUUGCGGCAACAACCCAUCUUGGGUCCGAGAAUGUAAAUUUUCAGAUGGAGACUUAUGUCUACAAGCGCCGUGCUGAUGGCACCCACGUGAUUAAUCUUCGCCGUACAUGGGAGAAGCUUGUGUUAGCCGCUCGGGCUGUGGUCGCCAUUGAGAACCCAGCUGAUGUGUUCGUAAUUUCAUCUCGACCAUUUGGACAACGUGCUGUACUUAAAUUCGCAGCGCAUACUGGUGCCACACCUAUUGCUGGUCGUUUUACACCUGGUGCUUUCACUAACCAAAUCCAAGCUGCAUUCCGGGAACCCCGUUUGCUGAUUGUUUUGGAUCCCGCUCAAGACCACCAGCCCAUUACUGAAGCUUCCUAUGUCAACAUUCCAGUUAUUGCUUUCUGCAACACUGACUCACCACUCCGUUUUGUGGACAUUGCUAUCCCAUGCAACACAAAGUCAUCUCACUCAAUUGGUUUGAUGUGGUGGCUGCUUGCUCGUGAAGUUUUGAGGCUUCGUGGAGUACUUGCACGUGACCAACGCUGGGAUGUAGUUGUCGACUUGUUCUUCUACCGUGAUCCAGAAGAGAGUGAAAAAGAGGAACAACAAGCCAAGGAGCAGGCUGUUGUGGCUGCAAAGCCCGACGUACCAGCUCCCGUGCAUGAGGACUGGAAUGAGAGUGUGGAGCCUGUGGCCUCGUGGGCUGAAGAGGCGGCUCCCCCCGCCGCACCCGCCUUUGGAGCACCACCUGCACAGGAGGACUGGGUAGCUCAGGUACAAGACGAGUGGGGAACAGCCGCUCCCGCCCCGGCUGCUGCUGCAGCCCCCGCCACCGCGGCGCCCAUUUGGGGAGGUUCUGCCCAAGACUGGAGUGCUGCGUAA